UGCAGAGCUGAAUAAUAUAUGUCCGUCAUGACGCUCCUCGACGCUCACCUGGAGCAAAUAUCGCUUUGCGCCCAGUCAAUCGCCGAGCUACCGUUUCCCCCACCGAAGAUCUUCACGAACGCGCUGCUACAUCCUCACGAUAUUACGACGCUAAUCCGCGACACUGAAACGCAUGAACGUGCUCUCUUCUCCGUGCCUCCACCUCACCCGCCGCUAAAAGCUCAGAACCCUUCGGCAGGCUCCAAUCGGCGCAACACAAUCUUCAACCCCAAUGGAGCCGCUUCCAGCAUAUCUGGAGGAGGCGCGAACGCUGUCCGAGCACCCAAGCGCAACACGGCGGUCGCAGCGGUAUUAGGGACAGAGUUAGUUGAGAGGAUACGGAGAGGAGGCGGAGGAGGAGUUGGAACUGGGCUGGGCUACCGAACGUAUGACGGGGGCAAUAGAAACGAGGUCGAUGUGGAGACACUACUAGAAGGCGCCGAGAAGUUGCUUGGGGUAUAUCCUAUCCCUGGUGCUGCAGAACGAAUCGCCGCGAUGCGCCAGCGACAUAGCAGACUGGAAGCGUCGAUCGAGUACUACGAGUCACGGAUAGCCAACCAGACUACACAGCUGAGCAGACUGAACCGAUCACGCGAGUACAUAGAUGAUGAGUCUGCGGAAGGGGGACAGGAAAACCAAGCACCUGUCUUCGAGCCCAUGACUGAGGAGGAUCUGCGGCGGGAGGAAGAGGAGGUUAGGCAGCUGGAGCGGAAGAAGAAGGGACUAGAGGACCGGGUAAACUCAAUGGGCAGGGAUAUAUCUGGUGUGUUGCGGUGAGAUGGUGUAGGGCGCAUGUGUGGGAGAAUUGAGGAUGCAACAUGUGCUCUACAGUAAGUAAGAUACCCAAGCAUUGAAAUAAGAGAGAUGGCUUCCGCAUGUCUACUGUCUCGUUUUCAUUUUACUGUUCUUUACUGAC